UCAACCUCUGUUAGCACUCUCUCCACUCAUCUCUGCCUUAAGUUUCGGAGAGUUGCACUCGUACCAAUUUGUUAAUUUAAUUUACAGCAAUGAGGCGCUUGUCGGAAGAGAGGACGAAGCUUGUUUUUGCUAAGCUUACGAAAUACAUUGGAGAUAAUCUUCAACGGCUGAUUGACAGACCUGACAGCGUCUACUGUCUUCGUGAACAAAAAAACAGAGUCUACUACAUGUCAGAAAAGAUAUUAGUCCUAGCAGAAACUGUCUCAAUAGAUAGUUUAAUAAGUGCAGGCACGUGUAUUGGAAAGUUUACUAAGACUGGAAAGUUUUUGCUACAUAUUACUGCCUUGAAUUUGAUCGUUCCUUAUGCACAGAACAAAAUGUGGUUGAAAUCAACAGCUGAACAGCAAUUUUUGUAUGGAAACAAUAUUACUAAAGCUGGUUUGGGCAGAAUAACAGAGAAUGUGUCACAGUAUGAAGGAGUUGUAAUUUUUUCAUUUAAUGAUUUGCCACUGGGAUUUGGGGUUGCUUCAAAAAAUACUUUUGAUUGUAAAGCUGCUGAUCCCAUGGCAGUAGUUUGCUAUCAUCAAGCUGAUAUUGGAGAAUAUGUAAGAAGUGAAAACUCUCUUCUUUAGGUCAAUUAAUAUUCACACUAAGUUCAGAAAUAGGUUUUAAUUUUGUACAAUCUUUCAAGAUUUAUUACCAGUAAGUGAUUAAAAACAUCUUUUUCUUUAAUUAUUUGAGUAUUUUCAACGUUAGU